AACGUGCGCCGCCAGGAAGCUGCUGUCGGUGAUGGAGAAGUACGGCGGCCCGGAGAAGGUGCUCGCUUAUCUCCAGGAUGUGGAGGCGAAAGCGGAGGAUGUGCUGGGGGAUAGACGGCAGAUAGUGGAUCUGGAUAUGAAGAGGAACCAGAAUCGAGAAGCACUGAGAGCACUUACCAAAGACCCUGCUACAUCUGGAAAAGUAACCGUCUGCUUUGGAAACAUGUUUAUAAAUCUUCCUAAGAAUAAAACCAAGGAAAUGAUUGAGCGAGAUCAGAAUCAGCUGGAUCAAGAGAUAAAUAAACUUCGCAGAGAGCUAAAAGUGAAAGUGAACCGGCUAUUAGAGGCACAAGGUAAACCAGAGUUGAAAGGCUUCGAUUUAACCCCACUGAAUACAGAUGAGAUGAACGCCAUUAACAAAGUAUUGGGAGAAUCGCUCUGACCAGAGGACAUGUCUACAGUGAACUUUUGUUUUAAGCGUCUCUAUGAGAUCUGGAUGUGGUUAGAGUUCUAUUUACAGUGGCCAGAUAAGCUAGGAAUUACUGUAUGGAGUACAUUC